CAAUAAAAUUGUGCAUGUAAAGUACUUAAUCUUGAAAUCUACACCGAUUUACAUUGAUUGUCCGUGUAAACGAUAUAUCGAAAAAAAACUAAAUUCAUUUAUUUCAAACACUUUUGAUCAAAUCAAGUUUGAUCAUUUGUAUAGACUACCACUGGUUCAUAAGGCAGGGACCUCUUCUAAGAGGAGCCGACGACAUUGUUCCGUCUAUAACAUUAAUUGCUCCGAGGUCGAGGUUGCGCGGCAAGACAUGCGCACAAGCGGCAAUCCCUCAAACGGCAUCAGUGGGGUGUACUGACGUGUUGUACCGCGACCGCGCCCGGGUUACCCCGACGAAUACAAAUUCGAAAUUCGAAUACAGUGUGUUUUUUUUGUUAUGUGACACAGUGUCUGUGCUUGUGUGUGCAGUGCAAUGGAGUAUUCGUUUUGUGUGUGUGCAGGACUUUGGGAAUCAGCGUCCGAUGUCGUGAUGAUAACCCGGUGAACGGUCCGACGGCGAGUUUAUAUAAACAAAAUGGCCGAAUUAUAGCAUCGAGACCAGCGAAACACCCCGACCGUUGGUUCUGGAAAGAUGUUAAUGCUGAUCAUACUCCACUUCGUAACGCUGCCUGCACUCACUUCGAGGACUGUAAAAGGAGAUACCAUGGAAGACAAAAAUAUACCUUUAAUAAGCUCUCGUGUAGUUCGGACUAAGUACGGUGAUAUUAGAGGUUUUAUUGUGACACCAGAAUCGAGAUUUUUAGAGCCAGUAGAAGUUUUCCGUGGUAUACCUUACGCUUCACCACCGGUCGGGACCUUGAGGUUCAUGCCCCCGGUGUCAGGGGCGCAGUGGUCAGGAGUCAAAAUCGCGGAGGAGUUCAGUCCGGUGUGUCCGCAAGUACUACCUGACAUUAGGAAUGAGACAGCAGUGCUGAAAAGGAUAUCAAAAGGGAGAUUAGAAUACCUGAAGAGAAUAUUGCCUUUCCUGACGAACCAGUCGGAGGAUUGUCUGUAUUUGAACAUUUACGCACCUGCCCAAGCAGGAGUGCGCGACGCGGUGGCGCGCUACCCGGUGCUGGUGUUCGUGCACGGCGAGAGCUACGAGUGGAGCUCCGGCAACCCCUACGACGGGGCCGUGCUGGCGUCGCACGCGGGCCUGGUCGUCGUCACCAUCAACUACCGCCUGGGGAUACUAGGUUUCCUCAACCCUCGGUCGGACGACUUCCCGCGAUCCCCAGCAAACUACGGGCUGAUGGAUCAGAUAGCCGCGUUGCACUGGAUCAAGGAGAACGUGGCGGUGUUUGGGGGCGACCCCACCAACGUCACGCUGAUGGGGCACGGCACGGGGGCCGCUUGCGUACACUUCCUGCUCACUUCACUUGCAGUACCAGAAGGUCUCCUGUUCCACCGCGCCGUAUUGAUGUCAGGAUCAGGCUUGAGCCCCUGGUCGUUGGUGGCAGAUCCGAACAAAUACGCGGAGAUGGUCGCCACUCACGCCAACUGUUCCCCUGACCUCACACCUCCAGCGCUGCUGCGGUGUUUGAGAGAGCGCCCGCUAGAAGCACUUCUCUCCGCACCGGUCCAAGCACCUGACUUUUCUUACGCUUUCGGUCCAAGUGUCGAUGGAGUUGUUAUUGACACUGGAGACAUGCUCAUGAACCCGGAGCCGGGCUACGAGUGGCAGGUGGCGCGUGCUCCACUGGGCAAGGGCGCCACUGCCGUCAACAUCAUCAAUGCUGUUCUCAUGAGGAAGAGCGCCAUUGCACAGCUUACUAAGUACGAUAUAAUGCUGGGCGUUACAAAAGCAGAAGCCUACUUUGCCUUCAGCGGCGACGACGUGCAGUACGGCAUCGAAGCGGACAGGAGAUCCAAGAUACUCAAGUCGUUCGUACGAAACACGUAUACCUACCAUUUGUCGGAGAUACUGGCUACUAUUAUAAAUGAAUACACAGACUGGGAAAGGCCUGUCCAACAUCCUAUUAAUAUUAGAGACGAGACGCUAGAAGCCCUCAGCGACGCUCAGGUGGUGGCGCCGACGGUCCUGACAGCUGACACUCACUCCGCGCUGAGAAGAAACUCCUACCUCUACGUGUUCGACUAUCAAACUAAAUACGGGGACUACCCACAGAGACAAGGCUGCAUCCAUGGCGAGGAGCUGCCCUACAUAUUCGGCGCGCCGCUGGUCGGCGGGUUGGCACACUUCCCGCGCAACUACACCAAAUCCGAAGUAGCGCUGUCGGAAUCAGUUAUGCUGUAUUGGGGGAACUUUGCCAAAACGGGAAACCCGAACGAGGCUCAGGAAAGUGAUCCUAUCAGAGCUGGAAGACAAGAAAGAGUAAGAAUGAAGAAUAUAGAAUGGACAGCGUACGAAGCUGUGCACAAAAAAUACUUGAAUAUUGACAUCAAAUCAAAAUUAAAGAACCAUUAUCGAGCUCACAGGCUCUCGUUCUGGUUGAACCUAGUACCAGAUCUCCAUAGACCUGGUGGAGAAGACGUUCCUCAGUCUCACCAUCAGCUAGAAAAUGAGGAUACCUCACUGCAGCCGACGUUAAAAAGUUUUACACCACCAUUCAAAAAGACUACUGAAAUGGUACUCACAGACACUGGUUUAGCUACCAAAGUUCCUUUGUUAACUGUUCUAAAUGUUACAUCACCGUUAAAUUUUAAUAUAGUGGGACUUAAUUCUAUGACUCCGAGUACAGUCGGGGCUUCUGAAGUACACAAAUCUGAAGGUUCAACCACCGCUCCUCCGGAAGAUGGAUUCGCAGCGUACUCGACUGCUCUUAGUGUAACAAUAGCUAUAGGUUGCUCUUUGCUCAUAUUAAAUGUACUUAUAUUCGCCGGUGUUUACUAUCAAAGAGACAAGACAAGAAUGAACGGCCAAGAUAGUCACGUAAAUGGAUCACAUUUAAAAAAACGUGUAGAAAACGGUCAAAUGCCGAACAAUAUUUGUGGUGAUUUAGAAGGAGCAUUAUCGUUUCAAACAAGUCUCAAAAAUGACCCAGCGACCAUUUUGAGUCAUCACCACACACAUUCACAUCAUCAAUUACCACCACCUGAAUUCGCUGAUUUACCUAGUAAUAAUGUAGCAGGUAUGGCGACUUUGCCAAGAGCGCCGCCGCCGCCUAAAAUAGGUAAAAGCAAUAUAAAUACGCUAGCCAGCGGCCAGUUGCAAGAAAAUCAGCCGUUACUGUCAGCACAUCAAAUGCAAAUGAUAAACACGAAUACGCUGACAAAGAAGAACACGCAGUUGAACGCAAAGUCGAAUGUGACAAUGGAGGAACUGCGUGUGUGACGCCAGCGUGCCUGACUGCAGCGAGCCGGCAGUUGCAGUGACGUGGUGCACCACGACGAGAUCGUGUGACUCCCGCCGGACCUUCUCAAGUGCGUUACAGAUUAUAUUUGACUUUCAACGCGCUAAUAAGAAGGCGUUAAUAGUGAACAAAUGACUAAACGAAUUCAUUAGUGAAUGUGAUGUUAAAAACAAUUGUUUCCAAUAAUAUUAUUACCAUAUCCGUAAAAAAACUUGAAGAAAUAGAUUUUAAAUAAGUUGGAGUGUUUAACGGUGUACCGGACGUUAUUAAUGUAUUCGAUGUAAAUCUUUGUAUAUAUAUGUAAUGUUUAGAAAGUAAUAUAAAUUUAUGUACAUACUAUACGAUAGUUUAUGAGGCGGAGCCGCAUAUCCAUCCUAAUAAUUAUGAACAUGAUGCUAAAGAUUGUCACGUAAUUAAAAUUUUGUGAUAACUCUGUCGGUAGAUCUAUAACAUAAACCUCUUGAAAAAUAUGUUUACAAAAUAUUACUUUCAAGGAACAAGGUUUAUUAGAAAUAUCCUUCCUUAAUUAUUUGUCAUAUAAUAGAAAAGAAUUUUUUAUUUCAACAAUAUUUGAAUUCUCAGACAAGAAAAUUACUUUCAAUCUUCCAUUGUUAGGUAGAAAGAUAGUUGCUUAAAUCUUAUUCUAUUAAUGUAAUAUGAAUAAAAAAUAAGCAAUUGUCUUAUCUGAAAGAAAUGUCUGAAGACUUAAUUAAAGAUGUCUCGAAAAAACUUGAUAAUUUAAGAAAACAUCCAGUUUUUUGUAUCGUGUAUAUUAAUUAUAAUUAUCUACAUUGAAAUGUGUGUGUAUAUUAUUUUAGUUUAAUUUUAGUUCUUAACAUAGAUGGACCAAUAGUUUUGUAAAUAUGUAAAUAAUUUUAGCUAACGGUAUAACAGGUUGUAAUGAUACAUUAAUCCUUGUUCAACUUCAUCUGACUUAUCAUUAUUUAAUCUUUCAAUGUUAUUAUUCUGGUGCUAACUUUGUUGUACAUACAUCUUUAAGCUUUAUGAGUUUAAAACAGCGUUUCUCCUAUUUACUAAGUACUUUAAAUUAUACGAUUCACACUUUUGUUUAUUAAAGAUUUAUGUACAGCAGAACUAUCACUAUUUUCAAAUUUGGUUUAAUUUUCUAUAUAAAUCAGUCUGUUUGCUGUAACUUUAAUGACAUUUUAAAUUUAGUUUCCAGUUUUAUCUUCAUCAAUCUGUUAUUAUACAAGUCUUAAAGUCUGUGUGUUUCUAAAACUAAUUUGAUUGUUUUAGGUAAUUAGAUGAUGUAUCGUCCAUUUGAGUUUAAUUUAUUUUAAGACGCACUGUGUAUUUGUGUUUUUUGUUAUCUGUAAUGGGUGAUUCGCAUUCAUCUAGAUAUUGAAUCCAAUAAGUUGUUUUCUGGAUUGUAAUAGAAUAAUCUGAAUUCAUCUAUUUUGUCUUCUAUUUGUAUGUUAAUAUUAUGUUUUUAAGUAUGCAUGAAACUCUGAACUAGUACAGAAUGUACGCUAGAUUGUAAAGAAGACUGCCAAUACUGGAGUAAGCUUCAAAUUACAUAUUAUUAAAAUGAUAGUAUUAUGUGGCAUUACUUAGCAGACUUAUUAGUAAUUGUAUGGUUCUAUCUCAAGUAAGACCGUUCCGUUCAGACUGAUUUGUGUAUAUAGCAAACAUUAGUUAAAAUGUUUGCUAUAUAUACAAAUAUUGUUAUUGUUAUAUGUAUAAAACAACUCAAACUUUAAGAAAUCAAUUAUAAGAAAACACAGUCAAAGCUCAAUGGUCUUAGUGAGAUCGAAAGGACGCUAAUCUAAUUGAAAUUAUUCCAAAUUUCUGUUUAUGAAUUAGUCCAGCAUCGAGAUAAUACAUGAAUUUCGUGAUGAGUAUACUUCUAAUUCUAAAACUCGAUUGCAUAGAUUGUGGAUUCAGAGCCUGCGAUAGCUAGACAUACCUUAUUUUAUGAAGGCUAAAAAUUUAUCAACAUUUUCUCCUACCAUGUGUACUUGUAAGCACAGUCGUCAUUUAGAUUUCAAGUGUCCAGAUCUUCUAUAGGGUAGUUGACUCAUAUCAAAUUCUACUAACCAUACUUUAAACGCGAAAGUUUGUAUGUAUGUUUGGAUGUUUGUUACUCUUUACCGCCGCUACUACUGAAGCGAUUUGGCUGAAAUUAGGAAUGGGAAUUUACUGCUACUUUUUAUCCCGAAGAAAUCCAUUGUUUCCCGAGAUUUGCGAAAAGUGAUGAUUCUGAUGACAUGAAUAUUUGUUACUCUUUUACGCCUCGACACUGAACCGAAUUAGCUAAAAUUUGGUAUUGAGAUAUUUUAUAGCCUGAAUUAACACAAAGGCUACUAUUAAUCCCGGAAAAAUCCAUGGUUCCCGAGGGAUUUGUGAAAAACGAAAUUCCACGUAGCAUUCCAAGUUACGAGCAUCCGCGUUUCGUGUAGUACAUGGAAUAGGUUGCCGAAACAUAUUGAUAUUAAUUAACAAAAGUUAAGGAUUUCUUAUAAAACUUAAUUUAAAAAUCAUGUAUUUUUAAAACUUUCCAAACGUCAAAAACAUUACAACGUCACAAAAUGGACGACAGCGUCCAUUUUGUGACGUUGUAAUGUUACUUGAUGUACUAAACGUCGAACUAGUUGUUAAGUAAUAUUUUUGUCAAUCACUCCGUUUGUAAAUGAUUUGUUAAUGUGACGUCAUGAAAAAGUUGAAAUUUAGACCAUCAUGGAUGACAAGUGUUUUAGCUUGUAAUUUUUUUUCAAUCUAGUAGAAUGGUAAUGAACAAUUUACCGUUUUAAAAUGUCAACUAGCCUAUUGUCCCACUUUUAAACUUACUUUAUAAAAUGAAGUAUGUCUGGUUAUCACAGACGCUUACACGGAUUACAUGGAUUUCGUGAGAAUGUACUUCUAAUUUUAAAACUCGCUUAUUAUAUAGAUUGAUUUUCCAAACAAAUUAUAGUAGCAAAUAGAUCAUGUUUUACUGGUUUUAAGUGUUGGUGUUUUAUACACAAUCAUGCGAUACCAUUGUUUUGUUUUAGCAAGUAUUUUUUUUUCAUUUAUAUUAUUUCAGUACCAUUGGAAACUUGAACAGUCUGUACAGAGACAGAUAAAUAAGUUAAUGCAGACUAAAAACUUUAAUAAAAUAAAUUAAAAAGUAUA